AAAACAACAAAACAAACAAUGUCUUCGAACAAGAUUGUGUUGACUAGCUCGGAUGAUGAAUCGUUCGAGGUUGAGGAAGCGGUGGCUCGUAAAUUGAAGGUCAUAGCACACAUGAUCGAUGACGACUGCGCCGAUAAAGCAAUCCCGCUUGAAAACGUCACCGGAAAUAUCCUCGCUUUGGUUAUCGAGUAUUGCAAGAAACACGUACUUGAUGAUGUUGAUGAUAGUGAUGAUUCUACUGAAGCAACAAGCGAAAAUGUAAACGAGGAAGCCAAGAACGAGCUCAGGACUUGGGACGCAGAGUUCAUGAAAGAAUUUGAUAUGGAAACAGUCAUGAAACUCAUUCUCGCUGUUAAUUAUCUCAACGUCCAAGAUCUUCUUGGUCUCACUUGCCAGACCGUUGCAGAUCACAUGAAAGAUAUGUCGCCAGAGGAAGUUCGAGAACUCUUUAACAUUGAGAAUGAUUACACACCUGAAGAAGAAGACGCGAUUCGUAAGGAAAACGCUUGGGCUUUUGAGGAUCUAAAGUAAAACCAUAAAGUUCCGUUUUCUAAGUGUUGAUCUCGAUGUUCUUUAAUCUUUGUUGAUUGCAUUCGUUUCUUUGAAUUCAUGGUUUGUGGUUUCCUUUUGUAUUUCAUCAUGUUAUAAUGUUUAACAAUAUUUACUUAUAUAUGCCAAUGUUAAUUAA